AUGGGGAUAUGGUGCGGGAAGCAAAACAUAGGCUUCCAAGCGGAGCGGUUUAACCACCCUCGCGCUGCAGGGGGUAUUUUCUAUUUCGAAGCAUUAACGGUUGUUUCUGCCCUAGAGUGGGCUUGCGCACAACCCGUUCGACCUAAACGUCUCGUCAUUUUUUGCGAUAACACAAACGCCGUCAACGUGUUCGACAAGCUGAAGGCCGACGACCCAUAUAACGACAUCCUCCUUUACUCCAUUCAGCUUCGUCAGUACUACGAGAUCGAUCUGCGCGUUGUGUGGAUCCGAAGCGAGGAGAACCCAAUCGCAGAUGCGAUAUCUCGAUUCGAUCUAGGUACGGUACUUCGUCUGGCACCGGGCGCUCGUAUCUUUCAGUUUCAACCCCCUCGACUUCCGCUGGGGGCAGCGGGGUUAUGA